AUGAAAAAGGCCUCUAACAGGAAGUCCUUUGCUAAGCUCGGGCCAACGGGAAGGCCGAAGCCUGGUGCCGCGGUGCUCAAGCUACCAGGGGGAAGCAGCAAGGAUAAGGGGAAAGCUCCAGAGCAAGGUGGCCCCAAGAAGGCACCAGCACGGGACACACCCACCAAGAAGCCGCCAGCAGGCAACAAGCGCAAGGCGCCAGAAGGUCCAGCCCCCACCUCGAAGCGGGAUCCGAAGAAGCCGCAUCGGUACAGGCCGGGCACCCUAGCGCUCAGGGAGAUCCGGAAGUACCAAAAGAGCACGGAACCUGUCGUCCCCAGGCUCUCGUUUGGUCGCCUCGUGCGGGAGCUGUGCGAUACGGAGUGGAGGAAGCGGGGCGAUCGGGAUUACAACCUGAGGUGGCAGUCGUCCGCUCUUGACGCGCUUUUGGAGGCGAGCCAAGACUUCAUCGUGGGCCUCUUCGGGGACGCCAUCUUCUGUGUUGCGCACGGCAAGCGCAAGACCCUUCAGGUGAAGGACUUGGACCUGGCGCGCAGGAUCCGCGGGAUCCGCGACGACAACGAUAGACUGCCUCUGCAAAGGGAGUUCUUCAAUGUCAAGAUCGACGUCUCCGCGACGCUAGCCGCUAAUGCAGCGGCUUUGGACGGCAGCCCAGCAUACUGCCAGCUGUACAGCACGUGGCGGCAGGCGUGGCAGGGAGAGCUGACCCCGGACGGCCGAGUGGCCAUCGGCGUUAUGGUCAACUUUUUGGAAGGCGAACGGCGGAAGGCCAUCCGCUCAGCAGCUGGCGGUGAGGACGCCGGGGACAGGUGGAGGCUUCGGCUGAGAAACAUCCACGAGCUGUUCUCGAAGGGGACGGCGAAACGGGGGCAGGGGGUUUUAAACGAGGCGCCAGCGGAUUCGAGAUGGGGAGCGGGGCCGGAGGGGCGGACUGUGUCCCUUGAAGACGCAACUCUGUAUGUCCUCACGGCCCGAAUGGAACAAGAGGAGUGGGUCUCCCCACCCUUGCACGUCAUCGACUGGAGGUCGCAGAGGAAGCAGUGGUCCAAGGAGGGGCUCAGUGAAGCGGCGCAACAGGAGAUGGAGGUGGAGACGGUGGCAGCCGUGCUAAGAAAGCUCCCGGUCUUUGUGUUAGAGGGGUUAGGGCCGUACUAUUCGGCAACGCAGCUAAAGUACGCCACGGGCACCAACUCCCACGUUCUAACACUGUACCGCUUCAUCCGGGACGCGAAGCGGCUGGGCGGAAGGGACCGGGAGAAAGACGAGCCGGAGUUUGAUGGGUUCGAGCUGAAGGGAGGCCUUCCAUUGGCGGGAAGGCCGACGGGCGCGCUGCCGGACCCUAACCUGCUUCGGGCGAUUGGGUACGACGGUGCCCUUCUAGAUGGAGGAGCGGCAGGCGCGGCUUCGAGUUCGAGUGGGGCGAUCACCGUGGCCGCAGCUGCUCCGCAGCUGAUCGUCCAGCCUGGGGAGAUGUUUGCGACCGGCAGAGCGCCCGACGAGCUCGCCAAGGUGGUCGUGCGGACGGCACUUUGGAAGGAGCUGCCGUUGGAAGAGACUAUGCAGAGGGCGGUGUACCAGUGCGAGGCUGCCGGAGGCGCUCAUCUGGAGCUCAGGAGAAGCUUCAUCCGGAUCUUGGCCGACACGCUGAAUGGCGCCGACCCACUGGCGGCUGGGCGGAGGGACGAGGAAGGCGGGCGGAACGCAAGCGAGCUGGAGAAAGGAGAACUUCGUGGGGAAAGCGGGUCAUUGGAGGAGGAGGAGGAGGAGGAGGCGGACAACGGGGAAGGGUUGGAAGACUACGAGUCCGAGGAUGACGCCGGGUCGGUGGAUUUGGAAGCGGACGACGACGAGAUGGUGCCGCGCUUCCUCAACGAAAAAGAGGGCCGGGACACGUACGGUCCCGCGCCAGUGCGGGGGCUGGGAGACAUGGGGCGGGGCUUCUGGCAGGACUUCGAGGUUCCGGACGAGUUGGUCAUGAUCCAGACCAACUACGAUCCGGAGCUGGCGGAAAAGUUCCUCGCCAGGAACAACCUUUGGAAGGCCUCCAUGUUGUCCAGAAUCUUGCCCGUCACCGUCCAGUUCAACACUCCUGCCGAGGAGGUGUUCUUCGCCGAGGCGGUCAUCCGGACGGCCUUCCCGGGCAUGCAGGAGCACGGUCGGUCGCUGCACAUGCAGGCGCUGCAGGUCGCCAAUGGUGCCCCAAUAGAGGCGACCGAUCACGGCACGAGCGAGCAGCUGGCCCGGAUUGCGUGGCGGCGGCGGGCGGAGGAGGAAACCGAGCCUGACGACGGCAUGAUGCUGACAGAGGCUGAACGGGAGUGGAAAAGGAAGCGUCUCGAGGACCAGGCCCUGCUGGGGGAGCGCGCGGAGUAUGAGAUUGCGGCGGCCGCGAUCGAUUACAAGCGGCAGAAGAGGACUUAG